UCGCCCUAAUCCUCCUCGUCGCCGCCAUGUUCUCUCCUUGCCUCUCCUCUCGGCCUUCCCACCACCUUGAUGGUUCGAAUACGAACCGACGUCCGCCUUCUUCGUCAGCGGGUUGCCACCGCCCAAGAAGCGAUCUCAAGCUUGCUGCUCAUCUUGUCUCCGAUCGAUCCCGACCGCACGGAAGGUGGCGAUGCUUCAUAAGUCUCGGUUCUUGACCUGGAGGCCUACGAUUCGGGAGAUCCGAACACUUGGAAGCAGGUGAAGGAGAUCGUUUUGUUUGCCAGUCCGGGACGGAGGCUCUGCAUCCACGGCUCGACGAUGAGACCGGUUCUCCAACCUGGGGCCGGGAACGAUUGUUCUGCGAUUGUGUUGAGCCUCAUCGAUGCGAUGGUUAUGGGCCUGGGAAGAUGCUGGGACCUCGCCGCCAUAGGGCCGGGAAAUGUUCCUUGCGAUUACCUGUGCCGCAUCUUCAUGUUUCUGUCGAUCGCCGCUGCACGACUUCACCUCGGACAUGAUCGCCACUUGAGAACAUAUGGACUGAGAUAGUUGGACAACAAAUCUUUUUUACGCCCUCCACCAAGUAUCAUCAGGUGUUGCUGAAUUUAUUCAAUCUAAAAGAACCGAGAAACAUUGGCGCUCAUGCAAAGGACAACUCUACAUUGACAUGCUGACUGAAAUCAAUAUAAUGAAAUGCCCUCAAAUACCUGAGCAAUUAACAUUUUAGUAGUAGAAUUACCCUUCCAAUUAUUGGAAGGAACACAAAUGCAUGUCGGGCAGUUUAAUGGUUAAACACAGACUUUGUUGUUUAAUGCUCGCGGUGUUGAUAGGGACUGAAGCUGUGUAACUAUUGCCCGAUGGCCAUUCUCGUUGACAAAGACAAAGCAGGAAUA